UCCUCCAUCUCGUUUCCUUCUCCGUUUUUCUCCAACAAUCCUCACUCUCUCUCUGUCUCUCCCGCCAAAUCUCUCUAGAUUUCCUUCUCUCACUCACACUCACCCCGUGUAAAAAUACAAGACUGAGAUUUGGGGGAGAUUUGGCUCAUAUAUUCUACUUUCUCUCUCUCUUUUGGAAUAUAUAUCUUGAGACCAAAAGCUAAAGCUUUCAUUUUCAUUUUCCUUUUCCUUUUGGUUCCUACUUCCACCCAUAUCUUGGUGCCUUCUUUCAUUACAAACUCCCUAAACCUCUUAAUUCCUUCAGAAUAUCUUCUUCCCCACUAGAUCCACUUUUUCCUUCAACCCUUCCACUUCCAAGCAGAAUUCUAUCUACACCCCCAACACAUUUCUCUAUACACCCCCUCAAAAAACCAACCUUGUUCCUCUUCCAAUCCUUCAUGCAAACAAAAACUCUUUCUUUUUACUCUCUCACUUCACUCAAACAACCUUAACACCCACAAAAACCCUCAAACAUAAACCUUAAAACCCACAAAAACUCACUAUCUUUACCAUGUCUUUGCAGAAGCUGAAGCUAUCAACACCAAGUUCAAUUUUUGAAGAAAACCCAUCAACCAAAACAAAGAGAAAACCCAAAAGAAAGCUUGUUCGAAUCAUAAUCACCGACCACGACGCCACUGAUUCCGACUCCUCCGGCGACCAAGAGAGAGAGAAAAACAACCAAACAACAAAACGAAGAAAACCCAAAAGAGAAAUCCUUCAUAUUAACAUGCACUGUCCCGUACCAAAUUCUUCUCUCUCAUUUUCUUCUCCUUCGUCAUCGUCUUCUCUUGUUUCGCCGGAGAAAACCCACAAAAAGCUCAAUAGAGUGAGGAGACCCAGAAAACCACCAACCUCCGUCGUCACGCGCCGCCACAGCAAUUUCCGCGGGGUAAGACAACGGCCUUGGGGAAAAUGGGCUGCGGAGAUCCGUGACCCGAUCCGAAGAAAACGUCUAUGGCUGGGAACUUUUUCUACGGCGGAGGAAGCCGCCGCUGAGUACGACAGAGUGGCAGUGAUGUUGCAUGGUUCAAACGCGGUUACAAACUACCCAAUAACUCAGGUGGAGGUUAAAACGGAGAUCGAAAAGGAUUUUGAAGUGACGCCGCCGGUGAGCAGCGGAAACAGCGACAGAGGUGGUUACUCCGACGCUUUGUCGUCGCCAACGUCUGUAUUACCCUACGACUGUGAUUCGACGCCGUUUGACGGUUUCCGUUACGUAGACGUGGACGCUUUUGGGUUUCACAUCGACGCGCCGUUAAGUUUACCAGAAGUUAACGUUCCGCUGACAUGUCAUCAGAAGUUGGAAAAAGAAGAGAAGUUUGAAGAGUUUGAUCUUGACGAGUUUAUGACGUGGCCGUAUUGAAAAAUCUUGAGGGCUUAUUUGUCUUUUUGAGAAAAGAAAAGGGACUGUUUGGUAAUUAUGCUGUUUUGUUGCUGGUUGUGUAAUUCCGAAGAUGCCCUCAGUUGAAGUUUUGUUGUGCUUAUUGGAAGAGUGUAGAGUUUCGUGCCGAAAAAGAAAACUAUAUUUGUGUGUAUUUAAUUUGUAAUUAAAUUUAUUAUUGGAAAAAAAUACCAGUAAAAGAAUGAGUGUCUAAAUCAAAACUAGUGUGAGAUUGUAAGGAAAAAAGAUCAUAGUAAGGACUCUUGUAAUUUCAUGUAUUAAAGUUGACAAGUAUAUAUAUAAUUAUAGUAGUAUAUAUAUUAAGAAAUUUUGGUAUUGUAUAAGUAAGUAGUUUAUUGUACCUUUUUUUCUCCAAAAGAAGUACUGGUUUAUUGUAAA